UCUCUUUCUCUCAAUCUCAACUCAACGGUGGUGAAAAGUAAACUCCUUCUGUCCUCUUAGUUGCUUUGAUUUUAUUUUCUCAUCCAAAAAAAUCGUCUUUAUUCCCUUCAGCAAUACAGCUUCAAAAUCAUAAGGCUAAUGGAUGAAGAUUCUAGUGGUUUCGCGUAAUAUCUGGUAAUAUUUUGCUUCUUGUGGCUGCUGUUCAGUGGUGGGGUUUUGUGGCUUUGCUGGAGAGAUAUAGAAGGUAUAGUGUUAUGCUGAAUAAAAAGGGCAGUGGUGGAGAUAGAAGAGGUGGAAGUGAGCUUGUGACUGUUGCAAUAACAGCACAAGAAGAGAGAAGCUUUUCAUCAGAUGUUAUCCAUUGAAAACCCUCCACUAGAUCCUCCGUUUCCCUGCCAGUUGAAAAGUGGUAGUGAUGAUAUUGAGAAGGCUCCUCAUAAGCUUCCUUUGCCUGAGGUAGAUCUGCUGAAGCAGCCACCCCUUGAUGAAAAUCAUCAUACCCCACCUAAAUUCUCCAUAAGGGAUUAUGUGUUCUCUGCUCGGAGCAAGGAUAUCAAGAAGAAUUGGCCAUUUUCGUUGAAAAAUUUGCAACUUUGUUUGAAACAUGGCGUGAAGGAUCCUUUGCCACCAUUCCAGCAUCUUGACACCGUAAACCCAUCUUUAAUCAGAUGUACGGAUGAAACCACAUUAGCUGAAGAGCAUAACACCAGCAAGUUUGAUGGAGAGCCAUACGGGUCUAAUCAUCAUGUGCUGCUGGAAUCAUACAAUGAUUCUCAAUCAAGUCAUCUAGCAGUCAAUUACAUAGAGAAUAGCUCAUGCAGAUCUGGAGGAGAAAAUGAAAAUGACUUCCCAUCUACUAAUAGUGUUUCUCAAUUUGAAAUAGAAUCUGUUCCCAUUAACAAUCCAUCUAAAUCACUACUAGAAACUGAUACCUCUGUGGAAGCCUCAGCUGAGGUUCAAGCCAUAAUUCCUUUAAAGCCCCCGACGACUGAAAACACAAUCCGGUCCUCUGGCAGUGGCAAGAAGUGCAGACUAAUAGCGAAAUUUGGUGCCAACUCUGAUCAUAGUUUGACAGAAGAUAUUGCCUCAAAUUGUACUAUUGUGUCUGAAUCAAUGGCUUCUAAGGUUUGCCCUGUUUGCAAAACCUUCUCGUCCUCUUCCAACACCACCUUGAAUGCUCACAUUGAUCAGUGUCUUUCUGUGGAGUCAACACCCAAGUGGACAGCAGAUUCUAAGAUUACCAGGCAUAGAAUUAAACCAAGAAAGACAAGAUUCAUGGUAGAUGUUUAUGCCACUGCUAAACAUUGUACAUUGGAAGAGCUUGACAGAAGGAAUGGUACCAACUGGGCCUUGGUUUCAAGUUUGCUUGUUCAGAAUAGUGAGAAACUUGAAGCAUCUAAUGAAGGAAAGAAGCAAAUUAGAAUUUCCCCAGUUCAUCCUGAAGAUGAUGCUGAUGUUGGUUCUGUUUAUAUUGAUGCCGAUGGCACCAAAGUUCGGAUUUUAUCCAAGUUUAAUGAGGCAACACCAAUCUCAAAAGUUGGAGAGGAUCUUGAACGAAAGAAAUCUCUGAAAGGAGGUAAGGGAAGCAAAUUCUUUUCAAGCAAAAAGAAAAGGCGCCAUGCAUUAAAACAUCUCAGAUAUCUAAAACAACCUACUCAAAGCAGAAAAACGUUCUCUGGAAAGGCAAAUGCUCUGAAGGUAGUUGGAGAUCCAGAAGGAUAUUGUGCACUGGAAGGAAGUUUCAAAGAUGAGGAAUGUUGGAUACAUAAUCAAAUCAAUUCUGGUGGUUCUGGAAACUUAGGGAAGCAAGUAUGCUGUAAACGGACCAGUCUAGCAAGGAAGGCUAAAUGCCAGGAUAUCCAUCAACCUUUAUUUUGUAAAUGGCAUGUUAGUCAGGACUUGCCUGCUCAGAGUGAUAUAUCAGGUUUUGGUGAUCAUGUUGUGAAAAGGAAUGGUGUUCAUAAGUUCAAGAAUUUGUCUGAGAAUUUAUUUUCUUCUCCUGAUAUCUGUGAGGGGACUGAGAAACCGUUAUAUGAAUCCCGGGCUAUUGACAGAGGAGAGCAUUCUCCUGGUAGAAAGAGAGUGAGGAGUCCCUUGAUUGGAGCUAAGAGUGCUAUCAAAGUCAAGAGGUCUUCUCCAGCAGUGAAGCAAAAUACAAACCAGAUGAACAAAGAUGGCCAUUACACACAUGAGGGUCCAGUGUUGAGACCUUCAAAAUCUACUGCCAACCAUGCAUCUUCAUUGAGCAACAAAGCAGUUGGCAUUGAUGCAACUAGUGAUCCUGAUUCCCACCUCUACUCUAGCCCAAGACCUGCUUUUAGUGCUUGUGGUUUUCCUUCCAAAGUCAUUCGAUUUCCUACAUGGAAGAAAAAUUCCUUGCCCAUUAGCAGCAGGUCAUUGGUGGUUGAUUCUACUUCUAAAAAGAGUCAACUGCAUUCCCUGGCAGAAAAUGAAAUGGAUGAGGAGCCUGAAGCAUGGGACUGUGAGGUGGAACAACGACAAAGAAAAUCGGUGAGUGCCUACAGGAGGGAUGAGACCAUGGCUUUGAAGAGCUCAGAACCGGCAUCUUGUUACAGUGAUCAUGAUAGUGGGGACAAUGCAGAUUCUUCAGUUAGAACUGAUGGUGAUAUCCUGGGCAAAGUUGAUGGUUUGGAAUCUGCUGAGGAGAUGGUUACCAGUCCGAGCAAGUCCUCAGAAACCAAGUUCCACAAGCUAGGUGAUCCUUCCAAGAGUAGGUCUAGUUGUCUGCAAACUCUUGAAGAAUAUAACAGGUCAUUGAGUGGGGAGGAAGUACUUCCUGAUACAAUUGGUGCAAGUUUCAUUGAUGGGCAAGAGAUAUUUUCUGCUGAUGAAGUUGGGCUUGACAUGAUUGAAAAUGCAACAAUGGCCAUGGGGGCAGAAUUAAUGGAUUCUGAAGCAGCACAAGGUGGCUCUUUUCCUGAGGUUGAUCCAAUACCCAUUCCAGGACCACCGGGAUCAUUUCUACCAAGUCCCAGGGGUAUAAGUUCAGAUGACUUUCCAGGGAACUCAUCAUUGACAACGAGUCGAGUUCAAUCUUCUCAAGAUCAUUUUGACUUGGUAGAUGGGGAUUCUUCAGACUCUCCCAUAUCUGCUGCAUCAACCAUCUCCAAUCCCAUGGCAGCUAUAUCUGAUUUGAGGUAUUCAGAAUCAUUAACAUCCGUUGGGGCUCCUGCAGUAGAAGAAAUGAAUAAGACGGGCUUAUCUGGUACUAACAUGGAGCCUUCUAUGGAAAAUGCUGUUGUGGUUACGCAGACAAGCACAGUACCAGAAAGAAAUUUUGAUGGAGAGAAAAAUAAAAUCCAUAGAAUCUUUGUUGAAAAGAGACCUUUCAUUUUUAAGAAUGAUGAUCAGCCAUGCUGUUGCCAGAGAAAAGAAAAAUCUUCUCAGGGUGUUGCCCUAAAUUACCAUCAAUCACCACCAAUAAAGCGACGAGCAAUGGCUUCAUUGAAAAUGCCUGCAACGGAGAUGCCAAUCGGUGUUGGCCCAAAUAACAGACCUAAUAAUUUGGAUCUGAGUCCAGAAGCAUUUUCUCUGAGCAGCUCUACAAGCUCAGGACCUCAAAAGUUGGUUCUUCCAGCAAGUCCUACUGCUCGAAAGAGAUGUAUGGAUGCUGGAGUGAAGUAUUCAGGCCGAGCUAAUUGUGAUUCUGCUAGUCCAUCUUCUAAUCCUGUUCUUAGGCUGAUGGGGAAGAACUUAAUGGUGGUCAACAAGGAGGAGGAUCCAUCUGUGCCAGUUGGGCAGGCACAGCUAUGUGGCCCAAGCAACUGUUUAAUUUCCCAGUUUCCAACAUCUGGAAUCUGUCAAGGGAUUAUCUGCAAUCAGGUUUGCCAAUCCUUCCAUCCUGUUCAGGAUUCUUCAACUUUUGGUCAGCAUCCACAUAGUAUGGUGGGGGCAUCUAACAGCUAUGGAUAUCAUGCACCUGUUGGAACAUCUCAAAAACCUCAAAUUCCAGUGGCAAUGUUCCAAGACCAGUGCGUGGAGCAGGGAUUCACAUCCUCCAUGGAGCCUUAUAUGUUUAAAAGCAAUUAUAAUUCUCCAACAAGGCAGAAUAGACCUAAAGCCAAACUUGUUCUGCCAUCCCCUUCUGCUGCAGAUAAAGUUUCAACCCUUGACUGCCAACAAAGGUGUGCAGAAUCUACUGCUUCUGUAAAAGAAAUAAUCGUCCUUGAUGAUGCCCAGGAAAGUGAAACCAGCAUGACAGCUGAUAUUGCAAAACACUAUGAAGGCUUGAGGGGAAGUCAGGUAAUGUUACGUGGCAUUUCAACUCCAAUUGUGACUGGUUAUGGCUUAAGGCAUGCACAUCCUUUCUCUUGUUAUCGGUCAGAGGAGUAUCCUUUCUUUGGCCAACCACAAGUGGGUCCAAAUACCAACGUCCAUUCAGUCCUUUCUGGGCAAGCCAAUACAAGUCCAAUUAGGUGGGGUUGCACUACUUCGGAAGGUUCUCGUGUGUUGCAUGGGACUCCAUUCGUGGCUCCGUUGUCCUCAGCAGGUCAUCUUAGACGAUCACUGUAUUAUUCCCCAAGUUUAUCUUAGGAUGGUCUGUGCAUGUUGAGGUUUUGUAUCAAAUAUGUACUGAAUCUUGAGCUUUUCCUUGACAACUGACUGGCCAGACACCAUCAAAAGAAUGAUGAUCAAUAGCAAAAAUAAUAGUUACAGGAAAUGCAACUUCAGCAGCUGAUAGAUCUCAGAUAGAGUUAGUAUUUUCACCUUCUAAAUUCCAAUGUAAUGAACAUGAGUCAAGUUUGUGCAGGUUGGUUGGUUUAUUUAUAUUUAAUUUUUUUGAGGCUUCAGUUUAGGAGCAAUGGCAGAGGCUAGAUAAUGUACGACCAAUGGUUGGAAUAAAUUAUACGUGUGCUC